AACCUGUUGAAAAAGAAAUGCUUCUAGAAGAUUCAGACUUGAAUUAAGCAAAGUCAAAAUUGAAAACCCUAAAAAUGAAAUUUCCCAAAUCUGAAUGGAAUCCUGUGCCCUAACCCACAUCAUCGCAAUUAUCGUCGUCCGUUCAUCGUCUUUCUUCGCCGGCGGUUGAGGCACCGCAUCCAUCCAUUAAUCUCGAGAGAGCGAGAGAAAAAAUAGAGAAAAGCUGGGGAAGCGAAAGAGAGCAAAAGCGAAAGCGAAAGGGAGAGUGAGGGAGAUGGAGAGUUCGGGGUUAGGUCCUGUUGAUUGCGACGUUGGAUCGAUUGUUUGGGUUCGAAGAAGGAACGGUUCGUGGUGGCCGGGUCAAAUACUUGGCCCCGAUCACCUUUCUGCUUCUCAUCUCACCUCUCCUCGUUCAGGAACUCCCGUUAAACUUCUCGGAAGGGAAGAUGCCAGCGUAGAUUGGUACAAUUUGGAGAAAUCCAAGCGCGUGAAGGCAUUCCGAUGUGGUGAAUUUGAUGGAUGUAUUGAAAGGGCGGAGUCUGCCCAGGGUAUGCCGUUAAAGAAAAGAGAGAAAUAUGCACGCAGAGAAGAUGCCAUUCUUCAUGCUCUUGAACUCGAGAAGCAAAUGUUAAAGAAGCAAGAAAAAAUAGGACUGGAGCAACUUGGUGUAGCACACCAAGUAAAGAGGAGCAAAUUUGUUUAUCUGCCAGAAGAAUCUAGUGAUUCUCUGGAUUACAAGGAGACUCCUGUCAAUGUUGCAAUGUCCCAAUUUGGAGGGGAGUAUGCUUACUGCAGUUCUUUAGCUGAAGAGAGUGAGUCUGCUUUUAUGGAUGUUGUUGAAUCUGAUUCUCUUGAAACUGGUUCCGCUAAUGCUGAUUCAGAUUCCUCUGAAAUGGAACUUGACAAAGAUGACGAGAUGACUACACUUUCAGCAGAAAUUGGUCGUGAUACUGAAGAACAAGAAAGCACUAGCAGUGAGGAACUUGAUGAGUUGGCAAUUUCUGGUGACAUGCCUCACCUCUAUCCUCGUCAGCAUAUAUCAUGUAGUGAAGCUGUAUCCAAAUGGAAGUUAAAAGGAAAAAGGAAUAAUCGUAAUCUUGUAAAAAGGUCUGUUGGUGCUGCUGAUGGGAAAGGUGUUGUUUUAUAUGAAGCAGAUCUUGAAGGAUUAAGAAGCCGUUUAAAUCACAAGAGAUUGGUGCCUAGUAUGCAUUAUUAUGGGAAUGGUAUUAGUGAUGUUUUUGAUGACACCGAUCAAAUGUUUGGUUUUGAAGAUGAAUAUUCUCCAACUUCCAAAGCACUAGCAAAAGGUCAAAACAAAAUUGAUCAUGGUGUUGAUUGGGAUGAAUGGGCUUGGGAGGAUCAGACUGCUUUGAAAGGAUAUUGGGAAAGUAAAGGGUUUGCUCCAUUAUAUAGUGAUAGAUAUCAUUUUGAUGGAAGGAUCAGGUCGAUGCUUGUAGAUGUAGACUUGAAGGUUCAAGCAAGCUAUCGUAAAGCGCCUGUCCCCAUUGUUUCUAUCACAAGUAAGUUAGAUGGGAAGUCAAUAAUAGGGCACCCAAUCCAAAUUGAAUCCCUUAAGGAUGGUUCAUCGGAUAAACUUUUUUCUGCAAUUGAUGACUUUAGUAACGAUGGGACUGGCUUUGAGGGAAGUAGUGUACUUCCACCAGCUUGGAGGACUGCAAGGAGAACAGCAAAUUUUCGUGUUCCUCGUCCCCUUGUAUUGUCAUCUAAUGGUGCUGAUAGUUAUGCAGAUUUCUGCAUUGAUCAAGAAAGAAAUAUUGAAUAUAAGAAAUUAAAUGGUGGAAGUUCCAAUCAUAUGGCAAGCCUUUCCAGGAAGAGUGGCUUUAACAGUUCUGUGCCUUCAGUAGACAAGAAGUCCUCAAAAAAGAUGCCAAAGAAAGUGAGCUUGUCAUCUAGUCAGAAAACUAGAACUCUAUCCUCAUUAUCUAUUGAAAAUAAUCAUGGUAAAAAGCAAUUGCAUGAUAGAAGUUUUUAUCAAACAAAUAGGUUGACUAAACCAGAGGUCUCUGGGCUCACCACUGUUGCUUGCAUACCAGUCAAAUUAGUAUUUAGUAGAUUACUUGAGAAGAUUAAUAGGCCACCUUUAAAAGCAGCUAGUAAUGCGGCUUUGUCAAAUACUGGUGUGGAGAGAAAAUAAUAGGUUACAUGUACAUUAUUAUAUAUGAGAACAAUAAUUUUAGUGUUGGCAUAACAAUUGUUGGGUAUCUCUUGUUUCCAACAACAAAAGAGAAAUCCUAUGAGAUUUAUUAUUAGUUUCUUUGAUGAUGAAUUUGAAGUAUAGACCCCAAUUCAUCCUGUUACUAGAUAAAUAUAAGGUGCAUGAAGUGCGUGCUUGAACCAUUUUA